GCUCGCAGUAGCCUCUCUUGGAUUUCUGUGAACACCACGCAAGAUCAAAAUGAAAGUUCUGGCAGCUAUCUGCGUUCUCGCCGUCGGCGUCAGUGCACAGGUUGGGCCUUCAGGAAUCGUCAGUCCCGAUGGAGUGAACACUCAGUUCUCCCACGACUUCGCCAAUGACAUCGUGCUGGUUGGACCCGCUGGCAUCGUCACGAAGUCUGGCGUCAACCGCCAGCUUACCCACGGAGAGGCCACCCUUCACGUUGCUGCACCAGCUGCUCCCCUUCCCGUGGCUCAGAUGGUGUUCCAGCGUGGCGUGAUUGGCCACUCUGGCAUCGUUCGCCCAGAUGGUAACAACGUCCAGUUCACACAGGCUCAGGCUGACAACAUCGUGCUGGUUGGCCCAUCUGGCAUCGUCACCAAGGACGGCUCCAACAUCCAGCUGACCGACGACCUCCACUUCGUCCAGAAGCGCGAUGUCUCCGGCCAUCUGGUGGGAGCCUCAGGAAUCAUCACCAAGACCGGCCAGCUGAUCCAGCUGGAACCUGGUGUCACGAUUGUCCAGGCUGGUCCCUCCGGUAUCAUUCUGUCCAACGGAAAGAACAUCCAUCUUCUCUCUGUAGAUUCAUCAUCAGUGCUCACAGUAGCCCUUGUUGGAGUUCUGUGGAUAAUAAGCAAGAUCAAUAUGAAGUUUCUGGCAGCUAUCUGCGUGCUCGCCGCCGGCGUCAGUGCACAGGUUGGGCCUUCAGGAAUCGUCAGUCCCGAUGGAGUGAACACUCAGUUCUCCCACGACUUCGCCAAUGACAUCGUGCUGGUUGGACCCGCUGGCAUCGUCACGAAGUCUGGCGCCAACCGCCAGCUUACCCACGGAGAGGCCACCCUUCACGUUGCUGCACCAGCUGCUCCCCUUCCCGUGGCUCAGAUGGUGUUCCAGCGUGGCGUGAUUGGCCACUCUGGCAUCGUUCGCCCAGAUGGUAACAACGUCCAGUUCACACAGGCUCAGGCUGACAACAUCGUGCUGGUUGGCCCAUCUGGCAUCGUCACCAAGGACGGCUCCAACAUCCAGUUGACCGACGACCUCCACUUCGUCCAGAAGCGCGAUGUCUCCGGCCAUCUGGUGGGAGCCUCAGGAAUCAUCACCAAGACCGGCCAGCUGAUCCAGCUGGAACCUGGUGUCACGAUUGUCCAGGCUGGUCCCUCCGGUAUCAUUCUGUCCAACGGAAAGAACAUCCAGCUCACCCGAUAAAUUAUUAUAUAUUCCAUCCUAGUCUCCAUAAAAUCUUGAGAUCAUCUCAUCUUACUCUGAUGGAGUUGACAGAAUUGUUAAUACAUAAUCAAUGAACACCAAAUAAAGAUUCAUAAAAAAUUA